AUGUUCAAAAGCCGUCGAUUGAAGAAUGUUACCAAUGCGCUGAAGUCCGUUCGAGGCGGGGACUCUGGACAUCUAAAUGGCAAACUUUUUGAGUUAACAGAGGUAUGCCGGUCUGGCGUAGGAGGAAAUGUGGUCGCUAUGGCGUUCGACCCUGUGCAGAGCCUGCUAGCAGUGGCCACUGAGACGGGGGAGGUGCAUGUGUACGGGAAGCAGCAGGUGGAGGUGGUUUUCACGCUGAAAAUAAAGGCAGCUAAGGCCAUGCGGUUUGUCAAGGGGGUUUACUUGGUGGUUGUGGAUAGGUCUGACGGUUUGACGGUGAUAUCUCUGCAUAGAAAGUGCAUUUUAGCGUCGAUAUAUGCCCCGGGUAAAAUAACGGCGGUGGAAGUGGACCCUUCGGUGGAUUGGAUGCUGCUGGGCCUGCAGAACGGGUCCGUGAUCGUAUACGACGUCGACCGGGACGUGCUCUCGCCAUAUAUGAUUGAGAACCUACAAAAGUCCACGGUGUUUCCUCGGGAGCGCUCGUCUCCUGUUGUUUCGAUCCAGUGGCAUCCCAGAGAACUGGGGACGCUACUGAUAGCGUAUGAGCGUGUUGUGGUGACGUAUUCGUUGGUCGAGAACUGCAUCAAGCAGCAAUUUGUCUACGAGCUCCCGCCGGGUGCACCUGGAGGUGAUCCUGGCGCAGACAUAAACAAGCCACGUGCGCCCUUUGUUGUGCAGGCGCUCUAUCAUCCGAAUGGACUACAUAUCCUGACGGUGCAUGCAGAUAACAGUUUAGUCUUCUGGGAUGCAAACAACGGGGAACUGAUACAAGCUCGGACACUCUUCGAUAUGGAUGUGCAUGUGCCCGGUUCUUAUGAGAAUCUCAAUGGAAUGAGAAACGACAGAAUCAAGAAAGUGGCGUGGAUAUGCGACGCGGAUCCGGAAAAGACCUCUCUCCUUAUUGCAGGAGGCACAGCGCCGCACGGUACAGAGACAUUUGGAUUGACCAUGUUAGAUUUCGGCACCACCCCGAAAUACUCAGUUACCUCAUAUGAAAAAAUGAGCCACUAUUACAGUAAUCCUGUGCGCCAGAAGUCUUUUAUGCUCCCCAGUGAAUCGUCCAUAGUCGAUUUCCUUCCGCUUCCCAGAAAAUCACCCUACUUUGCGGGGAAUCACGAUCCAUCACUUAUCCUAGUACUGCUGGCAAACGGUGAACUUGAUACGCUCUUGUAUCCUUCCGGUAAUGUCACACAUCGCGCUUCGUUAUUCCCGCAGAGCCUGUCCUGGGUUAGGCCAACAGUUACCGUAGCUACUGCGGCAAAUAUCCCGACCAAACAAUGGCUGGGCAUGAUGUCCUGUACCUACAACAAGGAUCAUUUUCUGAAAGGUGGUGCGCAGGUGCGUAAAACUGCAAGACGCCAUUACGGCAGAACGGCCUUUAUUACGGGUCACUCGAAUGGAUCGGUCAGGAUUUGGGAUGCGUCGCAUCGUGAACUGGAAGAAACUUCCGUAUUUAACAUUAACGUUGCUCAGGCUCUGGGUACUACGGAUAACGUUGCCGUAGAGCAUGUCUCGUUCGCGGCUGAAACAGCAGAAUUAGCCGUGUCCGUGUCGUCAGGGGACGUGCUACUCUACAAAUUCCAGGACAAUCCAAUGUUUAAUCCAAAUGGAGUGGCUGGUGAACUUGAUGGAAGUUUUGCUCGGUUAGGGAUUGGCAAUAUGUCGGAAUUGUUGGUAGAUGUAUCGGACAGGGCCCCUUCUCAUAUGAAAGUGGGAUUUUGCCCCCUUUCCGCUGUGAGAGCUAAUCUAGGCAAGGUCAGCGCUGUAACCAACAGCAAUAUUGGCUUUGUGGCUGUUGCAUACGAAGACGGCUCCCUAUUGGUUAUCGAUAGACGGAAACCUGCAGUGAUUUACAUGGAGAAUCUUAGACGGUUGAAGCUUAAAAGUGCUUAUGUAAAAAGCAUUGAAUUCUCCAUCAUGGCAUUCCGGGAUGACGGCUAUUCCAGCAUUCUAUUAUUUUGUGGGACCGACGCCGGUGAAUUACUAAUCUUUAAAGUACUUCCAGAGCUGUCUGGCCGAUUUGUGGUGAAUUUUGUCGAUAACUUAUCACUCCAUGACCAAUCACCUAUCUUGAAGGUUGAGACCCUGUCCAUAGAACAUGCUUCCAGCUGUCAAGCGAGCAUUGGAAAAAUGCAGGAGCUAAAAACAGGAACUAUUAUUCGUGGGUGUGUCGUACUAACUAGUGGAUCUGGCAUUCAGUUAAUUACUGACUGGGCCGUUAAACCCACCUGUAAGUCUUUUUCUGUUCCGCUGGCUACGACAGGCUGCGCGUUCGUUCCUUACAAGGGCGCAAAAGACCAGCUGCUCACUGGAAUUAUUCUGAUUGCACUGCAGAUUAACUCGGAAAUUAAGCUGCUUAGUCUUCCUGAUCUAAAGGAGCUCAAAACUCUUGUGCCCCCCACCACUCCCCAGGCUCAGUAUCUCCGGAACUCCUCUGUGCUUCACAAUGGCGACCUGAUGCUGCGAGUCGGGCCGGCUGAAGCUAUCCUAUUUUCUAUUCUUCCGGGCCAAUCUCAGGAUAACACCUCUGCUGCAGAUGCGGAGACAGACGUUCUCUACAAUCCGAAGCUACACUUCCCCGCCAGACCACAUGUGGGGGCGCUACAGUGGGCUCGCGGCAGCAUGCUUGUAAAGUGCGACGAGCUCGCUGAGCUUCUAUCCGGAGGUAAUCGCCCCCCUCCCAAGUACCCGGAGAGCAAGCUCUCUUCGGUAGCUCACUCUGCGUCCUCCGCCAGCCCCUCAUCGGAGGCAGAUCAAGAGACACAGUACCAGGCUCCCAUGAAGCAUUCUCAGAGGGGCAACGCCUCCUGGAGGUCCUUUACCAAAUCUGUGCAAAACGGCAUAGACUAUCUCGAAGAUUCUGUGAACGACUAUGCCGCAGCUGCCAACAAGAGCAUGAAUGACGCUCUCGAGCAAACCCGCAAAGAUAUUGUGAAGGGCGCUUUCAAGAGUAAAAUGGGCAUCUAA